AUGGAUUUUGUGACCGAUUUACCGAGGACUAGAUCAGAAUUUGAUGCGGUUUGGGUGAUCGUGGAUCGCUUAACUAAAUCUGCUCACUUCCUGCCUAUCCGAGUGAACUAUUCAUUGGAAGAAUUGGCGAGGUUGUAUAUCAAGGAGAUUGUAAGGUUGCACGGGGUGCCAUCGAGCAUAGUGUCGGACCGUGAUCCCCGAUUCAUGUCAAGGUUUUGGGGAGCUUUCAAAAGAGUAUUCGCCGGUGAAUCAAGUGUGUUGGGGCCUGAUUUGCUAGCAGAGACUACUGAGAAGAUUAAAAAGAUUCGAGCUAGGAUUUUAACUGCACAAAGCCGACAGAAAAGUUAUGUGGAUCAGAGAAGGAAACUGUUGAAAUUCGAAGUGGGUGAGCAUGUAUUUUUUAGGGUUACUCCGACAACUGGAAUUGAAAGGGCGAUUAAGACGAAGAAGUUGAAUUCGAGGUAUAUAGGACCGUUUGAGAUUUUGAGACGAUUCGGGCCGGUGGCAUAUCAAGUAGCUUUGCCGCCGCAUUUGUCUAACUUACAUGACGUAUUCCACGCGUCGGAUGCGGGUCAUGUGUUAGAGCCUGAGUCGGUUGAGCUGAAGGAGAACCUGACUUUUCGAGUUACACCAGUGCAGAUUGACGACACUAGUGUGAAGAAGUUGUGUCGAAAGGAGGUUCUAUUGGUUAAGGUAGCUUGGAGAAGAGCAGGAGUGGAAGAGUAUACUUGGAAAUUGGAGUCCGAAAUGCGGAAGGAUUAUCCCGAGCUAUUCUCAAGUAAUCACUAA